ACAGGGAGCUAUGAAGGGGGGGGGCGAGCACCAAUGGCGAAGUGCAGAAAGAGGAAGAUAGGCUGCAGGCAAUUGUUUUGGCAGAUUCCUUCACUGGAAGCUUCCGGCCGUGCUCGCUCGAUAAACCGAAAGUCCUCUUGCCUCUCUUAAAUGUACCCAUGCUCGACUACGUGAUGGAAUUUCUCGUAGCGGCCGGAGUGCAGGUA